AUGGCAGGGGAAUUAAUUUUUAUCACUGGUGCCACGGGCUUCGUCGGUAGUGCCACGGCUCUCGCUGCUCUCGAGGCAGGUUACCGACUACGAGUAUGCGUACGAAAGGCGUCAGAAAAGCUCCAAGCCCUGCUAUCGAAGUAUAGCGAGCAGGUUGAAUAUGUUACCAUACCAGAUCUGACAGAGGAAACAGCUUUCCAAGGAAAGUUAAACGGAGUCGACUACAUUCUGCACCUGGCCUCCGCUAUCCCUCGAGGCACAGACAAGAAGGACUAUUUCAUCCCGGCUGUGAAAGGAACAACUGUCUUGCUGAAGGAAGCUGCCAGCGUCGCAAGCAUCAAGAAAGUCGUCGUGACAUCGUCCAGAGCUGCUCUGGUUCCGCUCACUGGAGUGCCUGCAGGCGGUAUUGUGAAAGAGGACAAUGAUUGGGACUUGAGCGUGGACGAGAAUGCAAGCUUCGAGGUUCCCACCGACUCUGAUGCCACGGCUUUCAGACUAUACCACGCAUCAAAGCUGCUGUCCAACAACGCAGCUUGGAGCUUCUGGCAAAACGAAAAACCCCACUAUUCAUUGGUGUCACUUCAUCCAGCCUUCGUGCUGGGGCAUAACCUAGUCCAGUCAUCUCCAGACGAAAUUGGAUCCAACAGUGUUCUCUGGAAGCCUAUCAUGACGGGCACUUUCGGCCGUUCGGUUGCUGGAGUGCAUAUCCAGGAUGUUGCCGAAGCACACAUCAAAGCCCUGAAUCCGGAUAUCCCGGAUGGUUCAAAGUACCUGCUGGCCGGCAAACCAAUAACUUGGAAGGAGGUCGCUCAAAUCGUGCACAGGGACUAUUCUAAUGUCGGUACAAAGAUUAGUAUGGAGGUUGAGGGGGGAACAAUGCCCUACGACAACACCAAAGCAGAGCAAGAACUUGGGAUGAAAUGGCGCUCCUGGGAGCAAAUGAUUCAUGAAUUGAUGGAUCAACAGCUUGGCUUGGUCAAGGAAUCAACCAUGUAA